GGCUGUAUCUAGCGCCGCCUCGCAACACCCCCCCUCACCGGCACAGACAGUGGUGCGGCCCGGCAUUGCCCAGCAGCCUCCGCCGCCUCUACCGCUAGGGAAGGCCGCGGUGUUGUUCGUCCGCCUGCUUCCUCCCCCCCCCUUGUGGAAGCUGAAGUGGUAGCGGCCGCGAUCGCUCGGGGAGCCGCUCGAAGCCAGCCAGCCGCCGCCUUGUGCCCCCCUCACUCGCCUCGCCUUCCCUGGGCCGGUGUAUGAGUGAUUUAUAACCGCGAGCCCGCCAUGUCCACGCCCGCCCGGAGGCGCCUCAUGCGGGACUUCAAAAGGUUGCAGGAGGACCCCCCGGCUGGAGUCAGCGGGGCCCCCUCGGAGAACAACAUCAUGGUGUGGAACGCGGUCAUCUUCGGGCCUGAGGGAACCCCAUUUGAAGAUGGAACUUUCAAGCUUACCAUAGAAUUCACAGAAGAAUAUCCAAACAAGCCACCUACUGUUAGAUUUGUGUCUAAAAUGUUUCAUCCAAAUGUCUAUGCAGAUGGUAGUAUAUGUCUGGAUAUUCUUCAGAAUCGUUGGAGUCCUACCUAUGAUGUAUCGUCCAUCCUAACAUCCAUACAGUCUUUACUGGACGAGCCUAAUCCAAACAGUCCAGCAAACAGCCAGGCAGCUCAGCUAUACCAAGAGAAUAAGCGGGAAUAUGAAAAACGGGUGUCUGCAAUAGUAGAACAGAGCUGGCGUGACUGUUGACCCUGGAUGAUGCAAAUGAACACUCUGAUGAGGAAAAUAUAUGUAUGAAGUGUCUGAGUCAUCCUCCUCCUCCUCCUCCUAGCAUCACUGCAUUUACUUUGAAAGCAAAAUAGCUGUUGUGCUGUUGCCACCCACCCUCGCUGAAGCUUCUUUCUCCUUGGACAUCAGAAAGCACCCCUUUCCCUUUCCCCUUGAGGUCAAAAUGUACUUGGGUUACUUGUAAAAGAAUUGCUGAGGCUGAAUUCCACUCUCUGUGGUCUACCAUCUCCAGCCUUAGGGCAGUAUUGUGCAUUUCUGUAGUGUACACUAAGCUUUUAAUUGUAAUUGUGUUAUACACAGUGAUGCUUAUGUGUAGCUUGAUUUAAAAAAAAAGGGAUGUUUAUAUACAGUAAUACAUUUUUAACUAUGACUCAAGUGUUGAUCUGUCCAGGCUAGUCAUUGAACUGCUGGUAUCAACUUCACUGCAUCUGUAAGUACUGUGUGAAGAACUUAACUUUCCCUGCUAUCUCUCAUUUGUCCCCAGGGAUUUUUCUGUUAAGCAGUAUGAUUAGAAAGUAUUUGGAAUUGCAAAGUAAGAUUCCAUGUCAAGCUUAUUAAGGGAAUGAGGGUGGGGUUGCUGUCUACUUCUAUGAGUUGUGUUCAAAGAUCUAUCAAUGUAAUAUGAUGAUGCAUUUAAGGUUAAAUGCUAUGUAUCCUUCAUAUAGGACUCUUCAGGAUAUCAGAAUGGCUUAGUAGCGCUCACAACCUCUGGGGGUGGCCAUAGUGGGCAAGGAACAGGAGUUGACUAUUACUUGGCUAAUGGUAAAAGGAUAGAACUAAAGAAAAUACAACAAUGCUUAAAAACUACAUUUCCUUCUAUGAUUUUAAUCUCUACCUCUAUCACUGGAAAAGAUAACCAGAUGCUACCGCUUUGCUUUCUGUUGGAAAAAAGUAGGAAGAUCACAAGCAUUACUGCUGCAUGCCUCAUUCCUCUCUGCCCUUCCCCACCCUGCCCCCCCAGUUCUACAAAGUUGUUCCGCCUUUGCAAAAGCAUUUUUGUAAAGCUCAGUUUGUACAUUUUGGAUACCUUAAGCAGCAGUGCGGGAGGAGACUGAUCAGUGUGUUUGUCUGCUCUUCCAGUGUCUUCUGUGUAUACAUUGAUCUGUUGAGUACAACUUUGCACAAGUAACCCAUGUAAGAAACUGUACAUUUUUCAAUUACUUGUAAAUAAAUGUGUAACCUUAA